AUGAUCAUGAGAGCUGACAAAGGAGGAGCUACAGUAGUCAUGAACACAAGAGAUUAUUUGGAGAAAGCUUAUGCCCUUUUAAAUGAUACCCAGACUUAUCUCACACUGCGGUCCCCGCCCAUUGCCACCAAAAUGCAACAAGAAUUUAAUAGAAAACUUAGAAAAAUAGCCAAUACCCUUUCUGAUCCUCUGCACAAAGAAUUAGUCUUAUCAAAAAUCUCUUCAAGAUCCCCUAGUGUACCUUACUUUUAUGGUGUUCCUAAGGUUCACAAACCUGGGUGCCCCCUUAGGCCUAUUAUUGCUGCUUGUGGUUCACCGCAAAACACAUUAGCAGAGUGGUUGGCUCAGGUUCUUAGUCAGUUUCUUGGCACGUUCUCAAGUGCUCAUUUACAGCAUUCAUUCCAGUUUAUACAGCGGGUCAAAGAUAGUAAUUGGGUAGAUGGGAGGAUGGCGAGUUUAGAUGUUACGGCAUUAUUUACCAACGUUCCAUUAGAUUAUGUGAUCACAAAGUUACAGGAAGAACAUGAUCAAGGUAAUGUGACUUUCCCCAUUCCCGCGGAGCAGUUUUUCUCCCUUAUCAGAUUAUGUGUCUCGUCCACUGUAUUCCAGUUCAAUAAUCAGGGAUUUGCUCAAAAAGAAGGUGUAGCCAUGGGUUCUCCUCUGACCCCUGUCCUCGCUAACAUUUGCAUGGAGUUUGUGGAAAAAGAAAUUUUAAACAGGUGUGAUGAAGAAACGAAACCAGUUUUAUGGGCGAGAUAUGUGGAUGACAUUUUUAUCAUUUUUAAAGGCACCGAUGAAAAGCUUAAGAAACUAGUAGAAAUAGCAAAUAGCAUUUUACCAUCAAUUAAGUUCACAACAGAAGUAGAAGUGGAUUCUAAAUUACCGUUUUUAGAUGUUUUAGUGUACAGGGACUGUAAUAGGCAGAGCUCCACUUUGGUCGUUAGUUUCGGUCGUUCUUUCCUGGUGCCAAUUAUUUAUGGAGUCCCGCGUUUGGCGUUUGACCAUGCGAUUUGCAAAGUUAUUGUUGAUGAGGACUUGUGUAGACUUUUCGAUCUCCCUGGUGGUUUCUCUCCAUGUAGAGCAGUGUGUACGGGCGCGGCAGACGAAGGCAUCUACCACAGAUCUUUUAUACCUGUCUGGGCACUCGCUGGACCCAUUACGUCAUAG